AAACAGCAAACCAGUGGUACAAUUGUCGAGGAAAGCCGUCCUCGAAGUGGACUCAUAGAUGAAGGCGACGAAGAAGAGACCGAUGAGGAGGAGUGGGACGGGGAGGAGGCGGGAGAUCAACGGCCCAAUAAGCCCGGGAGGGGUCGUGGGAGGGGACCAUCCGGUGGUCUACCGCCCGGAUUAGCCAAAAAACAGGGACAGCGACCCAAUAACCAAAACCAGGGAAACAAUAACAAGAAAAACAAAAAACCAAAAAACAAGGGAAAUAAACACAAUAACGACAAUAACGGCAAUAACAACGGCAACGACAACAGACCCCGACCACAGACACCGGCAGAGACUGCCAUCGAGCCCACGGAAGAAGAAAUUAAUAUCCCAGCGUCUGAGUGGCGACAACUGGAGCGCCUGAAACAUCACUGGGCCAACACAGCCCAUACAAAGUCGGGUCUGAGCCGCAAAUUUAUCUUCUUUUUGGAGAGAGACACCAGUUAUCAGAGACACGACGCGUGUCUGACGCCCGACAACGCGUUGGGCAGUUGUCAUUACGUCCAACACUGUCCCAUACCGGACGUGAUCCGCAGUUUUGACAAAUUCCUGUCCUAUGUUUGCUUCAUUCACAACCGAUAUGUGGGCGUCUGCUGUCCCGACGACUACUUGGACGACAAUAGGUCACCGCAACCCUCACAGCCCGUGCUCUCCGCCCCCACCCGACGCCCGAAGCAGCCGUUGAAUACCAGGCCUACUACGAGACCGCAUACCCGACCACAGGUACCAUCUGUUGGCAAAGCAAACGAUGGCAGCGAUUAUGUUAACGACAUCUGUGGUGUAUCGGAAAAUACGCGUAUUAUUGGCGGCGCUUUGGCCGACCCUAAGGACUGGCUUUGGAUGGCUGCCAUAUUGUUAACAAAGGAGACAAAGCCCUACUGUGGCGGUGCUGUCAUUACGGAGCAGCACAUCCUGACCGCCGCCCACUGUCUUAAAGAGUAA